CGCAAAUGCGAGCGUCUUUAUUGUUUUGGGCGGAAAUAGAAUUCUGAAGGCCUCGCUUAACUGAAAGCAAACAUUUUUCAAUGAUGACGGACGAGUUGAGUGAAAGUUUUAGCGUUUUCGAAACGAGAAUCUUUCAAGUCUGCUCACCCUCAGCAAUCUAUUUAUUGGUUCUUACGAAUUAGCAUUGCAAAUGCGAAAUUUACAUUAGCUUUGGCUUUAAUUCGAUUUGGAAUUUUAUAUUUAUGGGUGUUGUGUGGUUUUUUGGCAAAAUAUACAUAAGUAAUUGGCCAGCAUCGGCACAUUUGAAUUCAGGUUCAGGCUAUUUGACAUUCAUUAUCGAAUUGGAAUCGAAAACCUUAUCGCCAGGGAGUUAGUGUUCAGCCGAAUCAGUCUCGAAGCAGAUAUAUUCUAAGCCCCAGAGAUAAAACUAGAAAAAAUGGAUCCGAAGAAGACGUUAACCUGGUUCUUUGGCCUACCAUCGGUGCGAUACGCACAGAUCUUCAUCGUCGUGGCAGGCGAUCUGCUGGCCCUGUCCAAUCUAUAUCCCAAGCAUUCCCAAUACAUAUCGCGGCCUUUUCUGCUCUGGCAGGAUCUCCAAGAGGAGGACAAAAGCCGCUCGGACUAAGGACGCCUCUCCAGUUCUAAUUCUCUUAAAUUCGUUUUUGUGCGUGGGAGACGGUUUAUUGCCCCAAAAGAUUCGAACAAACCAACCUUGAGUUUCAAUGCCAAUGCCAGGCCCAUGACGUCACUUGUAUCUGGAUGCCCGAAGCUUCUUAAAUAUAUAAUGUAUAUAUGUAUGUCUCUGUAGGUGCCUUGGUAAACACCUCGUUCUCGUUUUGUUAGCUGCAGCUCAGGAUCCCCAAUGCGUCGUGAGCCUCUUCAAAUGCCCGGCCAAAUUAACUCGACUCCUCAUUAAAGUCCAAAAAUUCGAAAGUUUCGACCGCCGUCGUCUGGAAAUAAACGUCAAUUUAAACGAA